AUGGUUUUAUUUUCCGAAUUCAUAAAUUAGAGUUAGCUAAGAAGUUUGAGCGAAAAAAAUUCGAGGGAUCUACUUAGCGAAUUUCAGCGCAAUCUCUUUUUGGAGCUGCUCAGCCAGCGGCACAAGCUGCGCCGGUGGUCGUGACGAUCGGAGCUCCAGCUGACAUCACACAGCUCCAAGCCAACAUCAAAUCGAUCCAGUCGCAGCUCACCGCAGUUCCAUAUGGAGAUUCCCCGCUGCUCAAGUUCAAUAAGAACUCUUCAUCGCCCACAGAAAACCAGACUCCGCUAAGGUUAAAGAUACUCGGAAGAAAAGUUCUAAGAAAUGUUCUUCAGCGCCCAAAGGCAAAUGCGAUUCAUGGCUGCGAAGAAAACCACUCCCAGCAACGGAAUCGAGUCUGAGCAAUCGUCUUUUCUCUCCAACAACAUUCCCAAAGUCUCCCUAUUCACAAAGAAAUCACUCAGCAAGUUGAUAUUCAGGUGAUGAGCGAUAUGUCGCCCCUAUCUCAAAACGUCGCUUCUCCCGACCCAAAGGAACUCAAAUAUAAGUCGAAAGUGGCACCUCCUACCUUAGGGCGGGGUCUUGGAGCGAACAACACUUUAAACAAUUUUACUAACUCUCCGUCACUAAACGGAACAAUUGUCAAUAGGUUUGUCCGAAACGAGCUGUCCUGACCGAUUCAAUCUGUAGAACUGUCGACUCGGCGAUUGAGGCCUCCCUUCACAAGGAGUCCAAUUCGCUGGGCUCGUUGAGACAGCGCAAGUCCAACUUGAAGCACCUCGACAUGUCUGUGAUGGCGGAAAUGUCGCGUCUCGGCUCGAAUGCCACCAAUUCUCCUGCUCUCACCGAUCCAGACGCUCUUCCAGCUCUUCCGGCCGCUCUCCCACCAACCGAAAAAAACACUGUUCUCAGGUAUUUUGAUGAGCGGAUUGAAAUCUAUGAAACUCAAGUUAUGAUUGGAAAAUUUCGAAAUACGAGAUGAGAAGAAAAGUUUUUCAUUUUUAUAUUUUGUUUUGGUCAACUUUUUCUUCGUCAAAAUAAUUAAAUUGCAAACAACUCUUGGCCGAAAAUUUUUUGAAUAAAAUUUGUCGAUUUAUCGUAGAACGAUCAUCCGGUAAGUCGGGUGUAUUAAUAAGAAAUCAAAAAGUUUAAAUAAUUUUUCCCUAAUUAAAAAGUCUGAUAACGCUUUGGCCAACUGUUUAUUUCAAAAUGAGAGAGAUCGACUUUUGUUGUUUUUUUUUCCAUGUUUUUUUGUUCGAUAAUCCUUUAUGGGAGUUGCAGCCCAGAGGACGAUCCUCAUCUCGGACAGCCUGUCCGCAAAAAUCGCAUUCAAGAUCCUCCGCCGCCUCUCAACCUCGACACUACUGCCGACGAAUCAGCUUGCGAAGUUCGAACCGAGAAUCGUAACUCCAAUUUCCUCAUUAUCUUCUAAAUUUGCUCUUCUAGAAAACGCUGUGGUUGUCCAUGACGUCGCGGAAGAGAGACUUGAUGUGAGGAUCAAACAGUCCGAUUAUUAUUCCAUUCCAUCGACUGCUGAACUCAGCAAAAUGGUUUUUUUUUAUCCCUUUUUCAGUUUUUCUUCCAUUCAUUUAUCUAUUUCAGGCGAUCGACGGAAAAAUUAAAGUUACCGAUGGCCUGACUAUUGGCCGUGCUUCUUAUGGAAGUGUGUUUUGGCCAGGCAACGUCGAAAUAAGAACGGGAAUCGUCCUGGACGAGGUGAGGGAUUUUGGUUGCACAAAACUCGCAGUGAUUCGAGUUGCAGUUGGUUGUUUUCCGCCGCCGCGAAGUGACCGUUUACCCGAACGAGGAGGAAAAACCAGCGGAAGGCGAGGAGUUGAAUCGUCCAGCAGAAGUCACGCUGGAGCGCAUUUGGUACACUGACCGGGCCAGCAAGCAAGAAAUUCGAGUACGUCCGUGUUGGGAAGGAGGGCGUGUUUAGUAACUUUUUCGAGAACCGCCGCAAAGCUUUUUCAUCCCUUUCGAAGAAAUCAACCUGUACCCAGGAAAUUAACAUUUUUCUAGCUAAAAUUGCAAUAAUUUCGAUGUAAUUUUUCAUCCAACACACUAUCUCUCCAAGUUUUAAAACGUCAAAAGAUGAGAAAAAGAGAAGAUUUUUUAGAUAACUUCUAUACCUAUUCGUUUUUUGAAAAAAAAUUUCCAGUAAAAAUUUGCGGGAUUCGGUUGAACACCUGUCUCAUCAAAUAAAUGGGUUCAUUUUUUUCUAAAUUUUUUUAUUUUCUGAUCGAAAGUUUUCUGUCCUUUUUUCAGAGAAAAAGUUUAGGAGAGGGAUUUUAAUCCAAAAAAAAACUUUGUUUAAAGGAUUACCAAGUACCCAAAAAGUGGUUCAUUCACUCAAAGCUAAGGAACGUUACUUUGUUCAACCAAAGUGCCUCUGUCAAAACUUGACCGGAUCAGUUUUCGAAAUUUGCAACCUUAGUGCCUUGAAUAGUUUUAAGGGAAUAUACAAAUUAUUAAGUAAGGAUUUAUUUUUGACCGAUUUAAUAUUUUGGUUUUUUUCAAUCUACACAAUCGAUGGCGAUAGUUCUAUUCGAUAUUUCUAGAAGCAUAGAGUCCUGUAGUUGUGGAUGACUUUACAGGACGCAGUGCGACUGGCGGAGGUCGGCUGGAGGGAACGUCUCGAGCGACAGACCAUCAGGAUGGGGGCCAACUUCAAGGAUUACCGUCCAGAAUCCGGCAGCUGGGUGUUCCGCGUAGACCACUUCAGCAAGUACGGCCUUCCCGUGAGUCUUCCUGCAGUUUUUGUCGGACUUUCUUCCCUUUCAGGACGAAGACGACGUCGAGAACCUGGUUCCGAAGAAAGAAAAUCGCGGCGCUCCAAAUAUUCUUGACGUUCAGAAUCAAGUUCAAAGAACUCCUAUUUCGUACAGCGAUAAGGCGAAAGAGGUGUGGUUUUGAUUGUCUAUAAAUUGUCAUUUCUGAAUAAAAUUUUCUUUUGAAGUUUUGAUGGAAGUAUAUCUGCAAUAUAAUCGGGAUCAUUGAGGAUAGCCAAUAACUUUUAUAGGAGUGUCCAAAAAACAAGAAAUUUUCUUCGCCUUUGGUUAGAUUUCAAAUGAACGCAAAAGCCCCUUCAAAAGAAGAAAAAAAUAUUUCGGGAAGUUCAUUUUUUACUAAAGGAAAGUUUUUUGAAUUAUUGAAUUGAUUUCGAAGUUUGUUAUUAUCAAAAAAUGGAGAUUUAGGUGUUUUCCGAUGUUGCUCAUCUUAAGCCAGUAUCAAACGACGCUAUUCUCAACCUUCGACCACCUAUCCGUCAGGUAUACGUGGCUCAGAGGCCGAAAUCAGAGUAUGGGUUGAAGAUCGGCUUGGGUGGCGGGCUUCUGCAAGUAGCUGAACAGAUGGAAUACUCGUCCUUCGAGGAACAGAGCGACGACGACUUCGUAUCCAAGGUGCAUCUUGUCGGGGUUUUCCCUCAGAGUGAUCGAAGAUUGCAGAUUCCUGAGAAGAAAAUCAAGCUGGAACUUCUGGCUCAGCUUGAAUUGGAAACCAGGUUUCUUUGUGGCUGUCCUUCUCCUUUAUAAAUACCACUUCAGCCGUAUGGUGAAGAGCAAUUUUCUGGACGAGCAGGUGGUUGCGAAAUGCGUCAAUCCCACUAGAUGCUUCGAAGGCGGUUUCCUAGAGGUUUUCCUUUUCUCCUCACAACUCUCAUUUCGAAGUUUACAGUCGAAAAUGGCCGGAUUUAAAGUGAGCCAACUGAUAGAUUCUGGCUGCGUCCGAGGCAGGUCAGCCCGUGUCGGAUGGAGCGCAGGUGAGGAUUUUUCUGUUUCAAUGAAACGACUCAGCAUCGCGUUUCGAAAAGGAACAUUUUCGACCAGUUUCACAUGUUCAAAUUGAAGACCUUUCUUCUUUAAGAGGGAAAAACUUUAAAAGAGCAAAGUUUUUUCUAUCUAACCAGGGAACGUUUUUCAACCCCCCGGUUGAACUUUUGCUGAAACUUUGCUGAAGUGUACUUUAGGACCCCCUAAUUGCAGAUCAAGAAAAAAAUUUCUCGCAAUAGGUCUUGUUUCCGAGUUAUGGAGCUUCAAAGUGUGCAAAAUACGCAAGUUAGGCCAAAAAAGCGUUAUUUCGGGCUUUCGAAGUUUCCUAACUCGAAAAAGAGAUCUAUUGCGAGAAAUUUUCUUAUUGUUCUAAAAUCAGGAGGUCCUAAAGUACACUUCAGCAAAAUUUCAGCAAAAGUUCAGCCGGGGGAUAAAAACGUUCCCUAGUAAGAGAAAGCUACAGCUAUAUUUCAAUUCAUCGAGAGUGUGUGUAGAUUUUUUUUUAUCAAACUUUGAUUAUAAGUUCUACCUCGUAUCAAACGUUCUGUCUGUUGUGGAGUUUCUGAUGUUUAUUUUUUCUAGCAGGAACUCUGGUUUGCUCCGAGCAACCGACGAGCAACGCAGUCCUCUUCAUGAGCGUCGAUCGUUCUGCAGAAGUCAGCAUCGUGAGUCUGGCCGGGCCAUUCUCCAAGAAGCUUUUUCCUUCAGGAGACAAUGACGGCAAUGGUUGAGGCCAACAUGGCUCUCUCGGUUUCGACGCGCAACGCUUCUGGAACCGCCCUUGUUUCCUACGACGGCAAUUACGCGAACCUUCUCGAUUCUUAUGUAAAAAUCUCACAGAAAAGUGCGUUGUUUCAAGAAAAUUAUGGCUCUAAAACGGCUUGUCCAUCCUUAAAUCUAUAUAAUUAAUAGCUAGAAAUAGUUUUCUAUGUCACGCCUAUCAAUUUAAAUCUUUUUACGUCAUAAUACAUGACCAUUUCAUUCCAUUGAUAAUUUUCUGAUCGAGGUUUUGCUGAUUUCUAGUGCCAGGAAAAAGUGUGCCCGUUUUCUUCUCGAGAGAACUCAAAUUUGAACACUCAAUGGAUUGGAGUCGAAACAAAAAAACAAUCUUCAGAUGGUUAUGAAGAUCUUGUAAGCAUAUGGACUCUGUGUCAAGCACUGUUUCCAGUCAAACGAAACGGUGAUCAAAUAUUUGUUUUCCAAAAUAACAUCGGUUUUCCUAACAGAUGGAUGGGAAUAUCUACGAGGGGAAGAAGUUGGCGCGUGGUUGCGAGAUCAAGCUCAGCGUCAUUUCGAAAUCGAUAUCCCCACGGAGGAAGGUGAACGCCUAGAUCGAUCAUUCACAAAUUUAUUCGAAGCUCCAAAUUUUUCCAUUCUUCUUUCUUUAGAAAUCGGCGACUUUUUUUUUUUGCAAAAUAUGUUCCGAAGGAUUUAAGAAGAGUUGAAGUUUUUUUUUUUUUGAGAAGCUAAAGUUAGAUCAUAGCCAGAGUUUUUGUCGGUUUCUAUUCUUGUCUUGACUCAAUGGAUUGGAGUGUUGUCAAUGCUUUACCAUUUCAAAAGUUCUUAUAAAAAGAGAAAGAGUCUUCUGAAAAUGCGCCGCCUUUUCAAAAAUGACAAGUUGACAGGAAGUUAUAUACUACAUGUCGUUUUGCGAAAGUGCGAUAUUGGGGUUGCAGGAUCGGACGUGUGGAAGGCGCUUUGCUUGGGAGACCGAGACGAAGCCUGUCGACUGGCUGCCACGCAGGGAAUGGUCGUGCUCCCCGCGAGUCUUUUCGCGCUUGACAUCAGUCCCGAGGACACCAAGCAAUGCUUCCGACGUCAGGUUCUCUCGUCCCCCGGUCAGCCCUCAUCCAGAAAGCUAAUUUAAGAUCGAUUUGUGGGAACGCAACGACGUUCUUCACACGUUCAGCGCGUCUGUUUUGAAAUGUUACCUCGUGUUGGCUGGAUUCUCGCACAAGAAGUGGAAGCAUUCCGGCAGGGAGUACACUGUCAAUUGUCUCGAAGGUCUUCACUGGAUACAGGUGUCAUCUCCCGUGUCGGUUCUUUUCUCACUGAACUCCCUACAGGCCCUCGGCAUCCACAUUUGGUAUUUGCGAGGAUGGAACGGGAUCGAAGAGCCUUUCGAAGGCUACAUGGGCGACGUGAAAGCUGGCUUGGCUGUUUCUCACAACGACGAUUUGUAUGGAGAAGUAGGACCCACUGUCUGCGCUGAAAAAGAGUUUGACUCAGUUGAUAACACUGGCUUGCAAUCCUCAGUACUCGGUGGAAGCCGCCAUCGACGCCGCUACUUCUUCCUUCCCACAUGACACUUUCUUGAAGUGGGUUUAAGCUGAACUCGAUUUUUUCACGAAUACAUCGAUAUUCAAUGACUUUCUAUGGUCUUGGAAUAACUGCCACAUUCGCUCUCAUCAAAGCCUUCAUUCUUAUUUUGUUUCUUCAAGUUUUAUAAUGUAUAUAAAAAUUUUUUUAAUAUAAAAAAAUAAAGCAUUUAGCAAACUUUUUCUUUCAUCUUUUUACCUAGAUGGCAUUUGUGGAGCGUUUUUGUGUUCCAUCGGUUACAAGACGAUGAAGAAGGAUAACGAACACAGGCUUCACACGGCCUACAGCGGCCAACUCGAGGCGUCGUGUCUUUCGCAAUUGGCCGUCUUCGUCCUGUCGCACAUCUCCAAGGACAACUGGUAGGCACCCAUCUUCUACCUCCAACAACAAGUCGAAUCAGCCGGGAGACGAUGAUCCGCGACUUGCUCGACAGAAUCGCUCUUCACACCUCCGAAGACGAAUUCCGACGCAUCUCCAGCGACUGUGACGUCACUGAGGCUUUGACAUCCGCCGCGAAAUUCGUGGCUGCUCAGGUGUGCCUCCAGAACCAAAAAAACCGGAAAGUCCAGAGAAAGAGAUGACUCCAGAAAAACGUUAACUACGUCUCUUGUCCGAUACAUAAUGUGUUCACAGAAGGUUAUAUUAUUUUCAAUCAUUCCCCACUUGAAAGGAGAGAUGGGUCGAUUUGCAAGCACUGGUCAAUCGGGAUGUCUAUACAAGUAGGUACCGGGUAGCAACUCAAAGUCAAUCGGCGUAUCGUAAUCGGUGGUCAUUUGUAUGCGACCAGGUACUAUCUUUAUGGUACUGGGAUACUACCGGGUAGGUACCCGAAAUUCGCGAUUGUUAGUAGCUUGCACACCGGUCGUUUAUUUAGCACCAGUGUUUUUCUACACUUGCUCAAGUCUCCCAGGGUCUUAUUGGAUAAACUGAAACAAAAAAUAACGACCCGGGAAGCAAUUCCAGACUUUCCGGUAGAAAUAACGAAUGUCAGGUCGCUACCCGAUAGCUACUUGCAUCGACCUCCGACCCAGGUACCAUAGAGGUAGUACCCGGUCGCAUACAAACGACCACCGAUUACGAUACACCGAUUGCCUUUUUAAAAGUUGUAUUUGUAUCGACCUCCCGAUUCACCUUUGAGAGUGAAUCAUUGAGACGGGAAAAAUGAAUCAUAACACGGGAAAUACUGAAAUCCGAAGUGGACUUUUAUUCGAGUCAAUUUUCAACUCGCUCUCACCGCCUUUGGCAAAUUUCGGAUGUAGUUGUUAUCCGAAAAGAUAACACACGAAAAUUCAUGCUGUCUUUUUGAGGACGAAAAGACUUGAAAAUAAACGAAGGAAACCGGCUUCGCUUUUUUGCAAAAAAAAAUUCUGUACAGAGUAAUGGCAAAACAGCAAACGCUUCCGGUGGUUACGAAGGGAACAAGAUAAUAGACAAGAAGAAACUAGGAAGUCGAAAAUUAGUUAACUUUGUGAGUCAUUUUCACCAUCAACCGUUUGUUUUUUUAAUAAAAACCAUUUAAAUGGUUAUAUUUCAAAUCGCAUAAUUUUUUUUCCUUAACGGUCAGUUUUUUCAAUCAAAUCUUCAAAAAUGAUAAUAAUGUAAAGAGGGGCUUUCAACAUGUUCUAGAGAUAAAUCGAGCACGGAUUGGAGGAAGAGAUUUUUUUUCCACAAAUGUGUCUGAUUAUUUUCGCAUCUUCUCAAGUUGAUAGGGGGUAAUUUACAGAGUAGGUCACCUAAUAUAGUAUGUUCAGAUUUUGAAUGUCAAGUCGUCGCCCAAGCUCCGCCCAUAAUGGUGCGAUAGACCAAUCACAGAGCGAGCCAUCCACAGAGCAUUUUCGAAUGACGUCAUUCUACUUGACAUUCAAAAUCUGAACGGACUAUAUGGUGUUUAAAUAACUUAAAUAAAAUAAGCAUUUCCGAUGUUGUGAUUCCCGCGAAGUCGCACUGUGCGCAAUUUUCUAUACGGAGAAUCGAUAAUUUUUAAAGCUUCUCAGUGCUAAAACUUUAUCCGAUUAGCAAAAAAAAAUAAUCAUUGAAACUGCACAUUUUCAAAGGAGAAACAGUGUGCAGAAAGUUUUUGAUUUUCUGUAGAAAUUGAAAAAGAGUCAAUUUUCGGUCUUGAGACACUAUGAAUGAUGAUCUCAUACAACACACACAAUUUGAAGAACAACGGCAACUCUGGACUUGCUUUUGAAUGCGCCGUCGAGGCUAACAACUUCGAAGAAGCUCAUCGACUGUUCGUUGAAGACGUCGCUCCAAACGCAGUCAUCACCGGAGACCUCGAAACUCUGCGUGUGUCUUCCGACCUCAUCGAACCUUUCUCCGCCUCAAUCCCGGUAAGAAACGAAAAAAGGUCACCGGAAAGCCCGUCCUUCCAGGGAUGGGGCGCCUACGGACAGAUCUUCUGCGACUACAGCAACUUGCGAAACCUUGACGACCAAGCGACGGAUGUGAGUGAACUUGUGAAAAUGAAAUAAAUAAAUCCGAGAAAUAAAACUUUAGAGCUACAAAAAUCGAAAGAAGAAAAUUUGCUUUUGGGAUUUAAAAAAAAUCGUAUCUUACUGUUUCCCACAAGCGUUUCUUGUUUGAAUUUUCAAACAGAAGGCAUUUGUCAUCUGACUCGAAAACUUUUUUUUCAAUCUUAUUUUUCAAUUUUUCAGUGGUUUCCUCAAUUAAGCGCAAUAAGUUAAAUUUUUUUUUUCUUUUUUCUUUCUCUUUACUCUGUAAGUUAUCUCUGAACCAUGUAGUUUUGGAUAUAACGAUGAAGUGUUCGCUCGAUUCAAACCCAAUUUGAUUUUUUUGCAGGCUCUGUGCUCUUUGAUCGAAGCACGGUUGCGAGCGCCAAACUUCACGAAAACCAUUCAGAGGUUUUCCAUAUAAUAUGAUGGUUGAAGGGGCCAGAUUUCAGAAUAAGCAUCCAAACGAUCGGCCGAGAGCUGUUCGAGUUCAAGAAGGCCCAGACGGGCACCAAAGACUGGACCAUGAUCCUCGGCCCUCAGAAUGCCCGCAAGGCUCUCCGCAACAUGACGCCGCUCUCCUAUGCUCAUUGUCCUCUUUCCUUUUCAUAA